CGCCAGUUUCCCCAGCGUUCGUUCGCGGAACCUUUGAGAGGAGCACUUGGGCAAAUAGUGCAAGAAGACCGGAAGGAGCCGUCCGGAAGAUUUGGGAAGAGGAAAGGAAGAGGAAGGGCAGAGAACCAUGGCAGCUGUGGUUGCUGUUUGCAGUGCUUUAGGAAGGAAGAAGUUGACGGACUUGGUAACGACUGCCGUUUGCCUCACAGGUUCCGGGACUCACUCUGUGCUAUGGAGAAGAGGUUGUUCACAAUACAAACAGGUGACCAGCCAUGAGGACCUGCCCAUUCCAAUGGAAAAUCCUUAUAAAGAACCUCUUAAAAAAUGUAUCUUGUGUGGAAAACGUGUAGAUUAUAAGAAUGUACAGCUUUUGUCCCAGUUUAUUUCUCCAUUUACUGGAUGUAUUUAUGGAAGGCACAUAACAGGUCUUUGUGGAAAGAAACAGAAAGAAAUCACAAAAGCAAUUAAGAGGGCUCAGAUAAUGGGUUUCAUGCCAGUUACUUACAAGGAUCCUGCCUAUCUCAAAGACCCUAAAGUUUGUAACAUCAGAUAUUGAGAAUAAAUUAUAUAUAUAAGGUCAUUACCAAUAAACUUAUUUUACAGUAA